AUGUCUGAAGAAAGAGAGGACAUUGCAUCUCAAGAAGGUUUAAUAACCAGAGACGAGGAAGAGCUAGUCGCUAAUGGUGAUGAAGAUAGAGCUCCUAGUGAUGAAGAGGAAGGUGAUGAUGUGUUUGAUUCCUCUGAAGAUGAUGCUGAUUUGGACGACGAUGAAGAUGAAGCCAGAAAGAUAAAAGAAGGCUUUAUCGUCGACGAAGAUGAAGAACAAGUAGACAGCGGUUCUAAAAGAAGAAGAAAGCACAAGAGGAGACAGCGUGAAGAAGAGGAGGAUAGGCUAUCUGAAGACGAUUUGGAUCUGUUGAUGGAAAAUGCUGGUGUUAAGAGAACUACUGAUACUGGAGCAUCCGGCAAAUUAAAAAGAUUAAAGAGAGCUGGUGCUGAAGACGAGCUUUCUGAAGAAGAUGAAGACUUAAAGAAAGAAUCUACUGGCUCAAAGUUAGAUGAUUUCUUUUCUGAGGAAGAAGAAGAAGAAGAAGGCGAUGAACAUAAUGAUACUUUUGAAGAAGGUAAAAGCUCAAGAGAUAGAAUGGAUCGUGAAGACCAUGAUACUCGCCAAAGAUCACAUACUGGUUCAAUAAUAGAUGAGUUAGACGAUUUCAUUGAAGAAGAUGAAUUUUCUGAUGAAGAUGAAGAAAGUAGAAAACAGAGAAUUGCAGAAAGAAAACUGUUAAGAGAACAACGUAUGAAACAACCAGUACAAAUUACUGGUUUAUCUUCUGAUAAAAUCGAUGAAAUGUAUGAUAUUUUUGGUGAUGGUCAUGAUUACGACUGGGCUUUAGAAAUUGAAAAUGAAGAAUUAGAAGGUAAUUUAGAUGAUGGUGGUUUAAAUAAUGAAGAAGAGGAAGAACUCGGUAUCACCGGAUCUAAAAAGAAAAUCGAAUUGAAAGAUAUUUAUGAUUUACAAGAUUUAAAGAAAAAUUUAAUGACUGAUGAAGAUAUGAUCAUAAGAAAGGCUGAUAUUCCUGAAAGAUUCCAAGAGUUAAGAGAAGGUCUAAUCAACUACGGUGAACUAAGUACAGAGGACAAAGAAUUACAAAAGAACUGGAUUAGUGACAAAAUUUCUAUUGAUAAGAACUUUGCUCCUAAUUAUGAUCUAACUGAGUUUAAGGAUGCCAUUGGUAAUGCUAUCAGAUUUAUUUCCGAAGACAAUUUAGAAGUCCCUUUUAUCUUUGCAUACCGUCGUAACUAUAUCUCAUCAAAAUCCAAGGAUGGCUUUGUUUUAACUGAAGAUGAUUUAUGGGAAAUUGUCAAUUUAAAUAUCGAAUUCCAUAGUAUUAUCCACAAGAGAAAUUAUGUUAAAAAGUUUUAUGAUGAGUUAGAUAUUACAGAUUCGAUUGUCAACGAAUACUUUAGUAAUCAGCAUACUGCUACAACUGCAGAAUUAAAUUCAUUACAAGAUAUAUACGAUUAUUUGGAAUUUAAAUAUGCUAAAGAGAUCAACGAACUUUUAUCAAAAUCUACUGAAAAUUCUGGUAAGAAGCAUCUAAAAAAUUCUAGUUAUGAAAAAUUCAAAUCUAGUCCAUUAUACGAAGCCGUUGCUGGUAUGGGUAUCACUGCUGAACAAAUUGGUGAAAACAUCAGUUCACAGCAUCAGAUUAAUAUUCCAAAAGACAAUGAAACUUUAAAACCUAUAGAAUUAAUAAAAUCUAUUCUUGAUAAAAACGGGACUGGUCUACAGAUUUUUUCAUCAAACAAUAAAUUAGCUGUAGACACUAUUCAAAAGUAUUACUCGAUGGAAAUUUCCAAAAAUACUAAAGUUAGGGAAAAAGUUAGAUCUGACUUCUACAAAUAUUAUUUGGCUGAUGUAGUGUUAACUACUAAAGGUAGAAGAGAAAUCCAAAGGGGUUCAAUUUACGAAGAUAUAAAAUAUGCAAUCAACAGAACUCCAAUGCAUUUCAGAAAGGAUCCUGAUUUGUUCUUACGUAUGUUAGAAGCCGAAUCUUUAAAUUUAUUGAAUGUUAAAUUGCACAUGUCUUCCCAUUCUCAGUAUAUUGAUCACUUGUUUCAAAUAGCUGCUGAAACAACAGAUACAUCAGAAUUAGCAACGGCAUGGAAUGAUUUCCGUAAAGCCGCAUUUAGACAAGCACUAGAUCAAAUUCUUUCUAGUAUUUCUCGUGAAAUUAAGGAUGAUUUAUCUAAGAGCUGUCAAAAGUUAGUUGCUAGAUCAAUCCGUCAUAAAUUUAUGACUAAAUUAGAUCAAGCUCCAUUUAUUCCAAAUGCCAAAGAACCAAAAAUUCCUAGAGUCUUGACUAUCACAUGUGGUGAAGGUAGAUUUGGAUCUGAUGCUAUCAUUGCAACUUACAUUAAUCGUAAAGGUGAAUUUGUGAGGGAUUUUAAAAUUGUUGAAAAUCCAUUUGAUAGAUCAAACCCUCAAAAAUUUGAAGAAGUUUUCGACGACAUUAUCCAGAACUGCCAAAUCAAUGUUGUAGGUAUCAAUGGUCCAAACCCAAGAACUCAAAGGUUUUAUAAGAGGUUACAAGAAAUUGUUCACAGCAAACAAAUCGUAGACUCUAGGGGUCAUACUAUCCCUAUUAUUUACGUUGAAGAUGAAGUUGCGAUCCGUUAUCAAAAUUCAGAAAGAGCUUCUCAAGAAUUCCCAAACAAACCAUCAUUGGUAAAAUACUGUAUUGGUUUAGCCCGUUAUAUUCAUUCACCGUUAUUAGAAUAUUCAAAUUUGACUACUGAAGAAUUAACUUCAUUAUCGAUCCAUUCUAAUCAAUCUCUGAUUCCAAGGGAAUUAUUAUUGAAGACUUUAGAAUCAGCAUUCGUCGAUAUUGUUAAUUUAGUCGGUGUUGAAGUGAAUAAAGCAACUGACAAUGGUUAUUACGCUAGUGCCUUAAGAUACAUUUCUGGUUUUGGUAAACGUAAGGCUAUUGACUUCUUAGAAUCUUUACAAAGAUUGAACGAACCUUUAUUGGCUCGUCAACAAUUGAUCACCCAUAACAUUCUUCAUAAGACCAUCUUUAUGAACGCAGCUGGUUUCUUGUAUAUUUCUUGGAAUGAAAAAAGACAAAGAUACGAAGACUUGGAACAUGAUCAAUUAGAUAGUACCAGAAUUCACCCAGAAGAUUAUCAUUUAGCUACUAAGGUAGCUGCGGAUGCACUAGAAUACGAUCCAGAUGCAAUUGCUGAAAAGGAAUCUCAAGGUACAAUGAGUGAAUUCAUUGAAAUUUUAAGAGAAGAUCCUGAUAAAAGACAAAAAUUAGAAUCAUUGAAUUUGGAAUCAUAUGCCGAAGAAUUAGAAAAGAAAAUUGGCCAAAAGAAACUGAACAAUCUACACACCAUUGUUUUAGAAUUAUUAGAUGGUUUUGAAGAGUUGAGAAAUGAUUUCCAUCCAUUGCAUGGCGAUGAAAUUUUCCAAACUUUAACAGGUGAAACUGAAAAAUCAUUCUUCAAAGGUUGUAUUUUACCUGUUAGAGUUGAAAGAUUCAGACACAACGAUAUUAUUUGUAUUACUAACUCCCAAGUUGAAUGUAUUGUUAAUGCACAACGUCAUUUAGGUGCUCAAUAUAGACAACCAGCUGGUGAACUUUAUGAAAUUGGUAGAACUUAUCCUGCUAAGGUUAUCUUUAUCGAUCAUGAGAAUAUUACAGCGGAAGUCUCAUUAUUACCAAAUGAUACUAAACAUCAAUAUGUUCCUUACAGUUAUAGUAGGGAUCCAAAUAUCUGGGACUUGAAACAAGAAUUAGAGGAUCAAGAAGAGGAAAAGAAGAUAACUAUGACUGAAGCUAGAGCCAAGAGAACUCACCGUGUUAUUAACCAUCCAUACUAUUUCCCAUUCAACGGUAAGCAAGCUGAAGACUACUUAAGAAGUAAAGAACGUGGUGAUUUUGUAGUUAGACAAUCAAGUCGUGGUGAUGAUCAUUUAGCCAUCACCUGGAAACUAGAUAAAGAUUUAUUCCAACACAUUGAUAUCCAGGAGUUGGAAAAAGAAAAUCCUUUAGCAUUGGGUAGAAUAUUAGUUGUAGAAGGUCAAAGAUAUCAUGAUCUAGAUCAAAUUAUAGUCGAAUACCUACAGAACAAGAUUAGAUUGUUAAACGAAAUAACAUCAAAUGAAAAAUUCAAAACUGGUGGUAGAAAAGAUGUAAUCAAGUUUAUUGAAGAUUAUUCGAAAGUUAAUCCAAACAGAUCUGUUUACUAUUUCAGUUUCAAUUAUGAAAACCCAGGUUGGUUCUAUUUGAUGUUUAAAUUGAAUUCCCAAAGUAAAUUGUAUACAUGGAAUGUAAGAUUAACACAUACCGGGUAUUUCCUAGUCAACUAUAACUAUCCAAGUGUUAUUCAACUAUGUAAUGGUUUCAAGACAUUAUUGAAAUCAAACACAAAUAGAAACAAUUCCUCUGGUCCAACCUAUUAG